CUAAAACCGGUUCAUUAAACUGGUUCACAAAAUAUAGCGUUAACAAGGGAUACUUCCGUCUGUGUGUCGUACAGGGAAUCCCCAACACGAGCGAAAUGAAGACCGGCGAAUUAGAAGUUAAACAAAGAGACCUCUUGUACAGAUUGAUUAUCAGCCAGUUUAUCUAUGAUGGGCACAAGGAAUUGGCAGCAACGUUUGCGAGUGUCAUCAAGCCCCACCCUGCCUGUCCCCCCUCAGACAGACUGCUGCAGCUGAUGAAGUUGGGACUCAAAGUGGAGGAAGAUCAGAAUGAAUCCCGUGCUCUGAAUCCUGAAAUGGUUGCACCUGGUUCUGGUAUCGAUCUGGAGUUUGAGACUGAGGUUCAGACAAUCUCUGCCGAGGCUGCACUGUACGAGACAUGCUACGUGACCGCUCACAAGGGGCCAUGUAGAGCCGGGGCCUUCCAUCACACAGGUCAGCUGAUAGCUACAGGGUCUGAAGAUGCCUCCAUCAAGAUCCUGGACGUAGAGAGAAUGUUGGCCAAAAGUGCAACUCCUGCAGAAAUCAUUGCCAUGGAAACUCCUCAACAGCAGAUGGAGAAUCAUCCCGUCAUCAGAACACUAUAUGAUCACAGUGGAGAGGUGACAUGCCUGGACUUCCAUCCUUUCCACCAGAUCCUGGCGUCAGGGAGCACCGACUUCAGCAUCCGAUUCUUUGAGUUCUCCAAGCCCUCGGUGAAGAAAGCUUACAAGAGUAUGCAGGAAGCAGCCAAAGUGCGGUGUAUCAACUUCCAUCCAUCAGGAGACUAUGUGCUUGUUGGCACCGAGCAUCCCACUUUACGGCUUUACGACGUCAAUACAUUCCAGUGUUUUGUGUCACACGACCCAAGCGGGCAGCAUGAAGGACCAGUCACAUCUGUCAACUGGAGCCCCAAUGCCAAUCUGUUCACCACCUGCUCCAAAGAUGGCAGCAUCAAGGUGUGGGACGGUGUCAGUCACCGUUGCAUCAACACCUUCAAGAACGCUCACGACGGACAUGAAGUCUGCUCAGUCACAUUCGCCAGAAAUUCCAAGUACAUUUUGUCGAGUGGCAAGGACUCGCUGGUGAAGCUGUGGGAGUUGUCCACCAACCGCUGCCUCAUCAUGUACACCGGCGCCGGUGCCACGGGGAAGCAGGAGCAUCGCACACAGUCUGUCUUCAACCACACCGAGGACUACGUGUUGUUCCCUGAUGAGAAGACGACAAGUCUGUGCUGCUGGGACUCGCGCAAUGCGGAACGACAGAAACUCCUUUCUCUCGGUCACAACGGUGUGGUACGCAGUAUCGUCCACUCUCCGACUGGGCCGGCCUUCGUCACGUGUUCUGAUGACUACAGAGCACGCUUCUGGUACCGCAAAGCUUCCACAGAUUGAACUGCAUCAUCAACAGUCAACAUCAUCAUGGACAACAGUGUGCUGCAUCAUUAGGGCUGUAAUGAUUAACUCCAUCACAACACAGCUAUGGUGGGGCACAUGAUGCAAUACAUACCCACAACACUUGUAAUGUCUGCAAGCCAUCAAAGAAAAUGGCUAAUAACUCAAUCAAAACAUAUUUUAUCGACCUGCAUCAAUUAAACUAGCAUUGGCUUUAAUAAUUUUGUACCUUCCAUUUAAUGUCAGAUAAAAAGUAUUUUCAUAACCUGUAACAUGCACAAUUUUAUAUCAGUUUGCAUAGAUUCAUGGCUACAUGUUGAACUUUUGAUACUCAUAUGGUGGCACCAAGUCUCAAUAUGGUGGCACAAAGUAUCGCGAUCCUCCCAAUUGCCGGUGAAAAAUUCAAGACCUACUCAUCAUUCAACAUUCAUCAUGGGGUCAUGUUGAUCGACAGCACUGGAAGUAACAGAUGGAAACAGUGUCAUGUCCAUGGUUGUUGAGGACUUUCUUUAGAGAUAAUGCACCUUACAGAUUCAGGCACACAAUAGGUGACUUCAUGUUAGUAUCCAGUGCUUGUCAUGUCGGACACGAAGCAGCUAAUGCCCUGGGAACAGAUUCACAAAAUGUUUGCAGCAUUUCAAACUAUAGUAGCUCUAUAGUUUAUCAUAGGCUUACAAAUGUCACAGCACCAUAAAUGCUUAAUGGAGUUGGACCCUGGAUGACAUGACACCAUUCAGCAUGUACAGUUGCUCAUGCCAUCAACCACUGGUUUAUCAGUUCCAGAGUUGAGUAUUUUCCUGCUGUAAUAUCGCUGACCUCAGUACGUGACUAUAAUUCACUUACUCAUGAUUAAGAGAAACCUUGUUCCUUCUUUUCACUUUGGGAAAUGUUGAUUUGUCAUUGUUACAAUUUCUUAGAAAAUAAUUGCAGUUAGGUUUGUAAAAAUCUGUAAUACAAAUCUUGAAUAAAAAUGGUUUUUUUAUGUA